UCUCUGCGUGAAUCACUGGCUGUAUUCAUAUUGUUGCUGACCUAGCAGGAUUUCAAGCGCCCCCUCGCCCAUGGGCACUCCUCAGUCAGUCUGGUCAAGGGGCAGAGAGAGGCAGGUUCGGCUGUGGCGCCCUUCCACAUACUUCAGUUACAAUAUACGUACUUCCAGCCUACUUUGUGUGAAACAGAAGCCCAAGGUGAACUAUUUCACCAAGACAGCCAUCAUGGAGAAGAAAUAUUAGGAGAACCUGACCCAUCAGUUUGUACAUAACUCCGUCCGGCAGCAGGUACAGGAUACGUUAGCUCCCGCACAUGCACAAUCAGGGUAUGACAUCAUACACGUCAACCGUCACUAACCUAUGAGUGACCUACACUCAACCGUCAGAUUCCUAUGGAAUGAUGAACCUUACACUGGCUAACAGUCUCUUACUCUUAGUACAACACUACUGACACACAUACGGAGAGCAAGGAGAGUAGAAGCCGUAGCGACCAGCGAAGAGGGGUGGCUAGGAGCUGUGAUUCGACCUCUGCAACCACGUACAGGUAAGGUUGAAUUGAUGAAAGAAACAUCCGAAACGUCAAAAAAAAAAAUGAAGUGGAUAAAGAGUGAGAGUGUUGGUGAUGGCAGCUGUGAUCCCUCUGGUUGUAGCCAAACUGCUCUCCCACCUCCAUCUUCAAUUGUUAAUAACAAAUUAUAUAUACAUGUCGUUCUGAAUAGGUAAAACUGGUCAAUUAGUAAGAACUCAUUUAAAAUUAAGUCUUUUCUAAAAUUUCUCUUACCCGUUUAAAGAUAUAUUUUUUUUAAUUUAAGUUAACGUAAAAAAUAAUAAUUUUUUACCAAAAGAACCUUAGAAAAUUUACCUAACCUUAUUAUAACAAGUGCAAUUUAAUUUACCCUAAUCCAACUGAAUAUAUCUUAGAUAAGUUUACAUUAGUUUAAUAAUAAACAUAAAGAAAUAUAUUUUUCGUUAGGUUCAGAACGAUCUUUGCGAAAUUAUUGCAUACACAAAUUUUCGCUUGCCUUAUUCGGCAAGAAGAGCGUUGCUACUGAAGCCAAAAUCGCAAGUUUUACCUAUUCGGCGCUAAAAUUUAAUGGGACAGUACAGUUGGAAGAGAUGCAUGUUAGGGGCUGGCAUGACAAAGCAAAGGUGGACAUGUUAUCUUUGUGUGAUCUUACAAGUGUUAAGUGAAUCACUAGGUAACAAUACUGUGAGCUGGCACACCUUCAAGGUGAGGCUGGCACACACACACACAUCACUGUGACGUUCACACAACUACUGGUUUACGGUCACCAACCCUUGCUUACCAAGGUGUACUCUCAUGUAUCACUUACCUUCAAGGUAAGCGCUGCCUUUAUGCCCGUUAAUCAUUAAUGAUCUAAGGAAUUAGAACUACUCUUCCCUUCCUCUAAGUCUAAUUACCUCUUCUAUUCCCCAGGCGAGUUUUCGUGAUGAUGAUAAAGAUAAUAAUAAACAUUUCCUUACAUUCAGUAUUAAACUUAUAAUUACCUGAACAACUCCCUUCUAAAUCCUGCCCCUUCAAAAAAGUUAUAAAAAAUUCUCUGAUACAAGUCAUUCAAGUUAUUUUUUAUAACGUACAUUUUAUUAAAUUUUUAUUCAGGUUUAGUUAACUUGCUAGGUUAGUUCUGGUGCAAAACAAAAACCACUGGAUUAAAAAAAAAAAAAACUAGCUUAACUAAAACUGCUUUAGUUGAGGGAUGAAGCAACUGUUUCAAAUUCCUCAAAUAUUUUAUUUCUAGUUUAGGUGUGGUCAGAGACCCGUGUGGUGGAGCGACGGUCCUGCAACCUUCAACACUACGUUGUUGACGGAAAGAAAGGUCACGUGAUAAAUUAUGUUAUACUGGCAGACUAUUAUAUGUUGGAAGCAGCACGCAGCAGAACAUGCUGGUACAACACAGCAGAACAUGCCGGUACAACACAGCAGAACAUGCCGGUACAACACAGAACAUGCCGGUACAACACAGCAGAACAUGCUGGUACAAUACAUCAGAACAUGCUGGUACAACACACAGCAGAGCAUGAUGGUACAACACACAGCAGAACAUGCCGGUACAACACAGCAGAACAUGCCGGUACAACACAGCAGAACAUGCUGGUACAACACAGCAGAACAUGCCGGUACAACACAACAGAACAUGCCGGUACAACACAGUAGAACAUGCCGGUACAACACAGCAGAACAUGCCGGUACAACACAGCAGAACAUGCUGGUACAACACAGCAGAACAUGCCGGUACAACACAGCAGAACAUGCCGGUACAACACAGCAGAACAUGCUGGUACAACACAGCAGAACAUGCCGGUACAACACAGCAGAACAUUCUGGUACAGAACACAUCAGAACAUGUUGGUACAACACACAGCAGAGCAUGAUGGUACAACACACAGCAGAACAUGCUGGUACAACACACAGCAGAACAUUCUGGUACAGCACACAUCAGAACAUGUUGGUACAACACACAGCAGAGCAUGAUGGUACAACACACAGCAGAACAUGCUGGUACAACACACAACAGAACAUGCUGGUACAACACAUCAGAACAUGCUGGUACAACACAGCAGAACAUGCUGGUACAACACAGCAGAACAUGCUGGUACAACACACAGCAGGACAUGCUGGUACAACACAGCAGAACAUGCUGGUACAACACAGCAGAACAUGCUGGCACAACACACAGCAGAGCAUGAUGGUGCAACACACAGCAGAACAUGAUGGUACAACACACAGCAUAGCAUGAUGGUACAACACACAGCAGACCAUGAUGGUACAACACACAGCAGAGCAUGAUGGUGCAACACACAGCAGAACAUGAUGGUACAACACACAGCAUAGCAUGAUGGUACAACACACAGCAGAGCAUGAUGGUACAACACACAGCAGAGCAUGAUGGUACAACACACAGCAGAGCAUGAUGGUACAACACACAGCAGAGCAUGAUGGUACAACACAGCAGAGCAUGAUGGUACAACACACAGCAGAACAUGCCGGUACAACACAGCAGAACAUGCUGGUACAACACACAGCAGAUUGUUCACUCAGGUUGUUCUUCAACUCUGUAUAUCCUUGGUUAGACCUCAUUUAGAUUAUGCUGCACAGUUUUGGUCACCAUAUUAUAGAAUGGAUAUAAAUGCUCUGGAAAACAUACAAAGGAGGAUAACAAAGUUGAUCCCGUGUAUCAGAAAUCUUCCCUAUGAGGAUAGACUGAGGACCCUGAAUCUGCA